AUGGCUCGUGAUACUGGGAAGACUGGUCAAAGAAUGGCAUCUGAAUUUUCAGUCAAUGAUGGCAUUAUUCUUUUACAUGGGCCUCCAGGGACAGGAAAGACAUCUUUAUGCAAAGCACUAGCACAAAUAUUAUCCAUUAGAUUCAGCUCCAGAUAUCCACAGUGCCAAUUAAUCGAAGUUAAUGCACAUUCAUUGUUUAGUAAAUGGUUCUCUGAGAGUGGCAAGUUGGUUGCAAAGCUUUUCCAAAAAAUUCAAGAAAUGGUGGAGGAAGAACACAAUCUGGUAUUUGUUCUAAUUGAUGAAGUUGAAAGUCUUGCUGCUGCUAGAAAUGCUACUUUGUCUGGUUCUGAACCUUCAGAUUCCAUUCGGGUUGUAAAUGCGCUAUUAACUCAGAUGGAUAAUUUGAAAUUAGCUCCCAAUGUUAUAAUUAUGACUACGUCCAAUAUAAUUGCUGCUAUUGAUAUUGCAUUUGUUAACAGAGCCGAUAUCAAAGCAUAUGUGGGUCCUUCAACUCUUCAAGCUCAUUACAAAAUUUUAAGAUCCUGUUUGCAGGAGCUUAUGCGGACAGGAAUUAUAUCAAAUAUCCAAUGUUCGUACGAGGAAGUAGAUCAGAAGGCAAAGGCAUUGCGGGCUGCUGCAAGUUUUGCUCCUAGUGAAGAUGCAUCUGCUAUUGAUCUGGUGGCUUUUACAGACAUGGACUAUGAGGAAGCAUGGAUGACAGAAGGUUUAUUUUACGCAACUAUGUCUGCUUAUGAGGCAGUUUAG